AUGGGGUCAAUUGAGACUGCGGCACUCGUGCCUCCAGCAACUCAGCGUGCGGUGAUCGUGGAGGCUGGAGAUCAGGUGCGCGUACGAGACGAUGUGCCCUUCCCUACGCUUGAGAAAGACCAGUUCUUGGUCCGGACGGAAGCCGUGGCUGUCAACCCCAGCGACACCAAAAUGCGCGGCCCCUUCGUGACUCCUGGUGGUGUUCUGGGCACUGACUAUGCCGGAACGGUCGUCGCCUGUGGCCCAGAGGUCACAGAGGUACAGGUUGGCGACCGAGUGUGCGGAGCUCAGCAUGCCAUGAACGCCAACACUCCUCAUCGUGGUUCAUUUGGAGAAUACAAUAUUUCUGCGGGCAAGGUCUGGUUGAAGCUACCUGCCUCCGUCAGCACUGAAGGAGGUGCUACCUUUGGCGCCGGGAUCAGCACUGCAGGACUGGCGUUGAAGCUUCUAGGGCUGCCUCUGCCCGAUGCUCCAGUCGAGAAGCCGGCAUACAUUCUUGUGCAUGGCGGCAGUACCGCGACCGCAACCAUUGCUAUCCAGCUGCUGAGGCUCAUAAACAUGAUUCCAAUCGCGACCUGCUCGCCAAAGAAUUCAGACCAAGUCAAAGCAUACGGUGUCGAAGCGACCUUUGACUAUCGCGACCCGGACUGCGCGAUGAAGAUUAGAACCUACACGAAGAACAACCUGCGCUACGCGCUCGACUGCAUCACGACCGCGGAAUCCACCAGUCUCUGCUACGCCGCCCUGGGUCGAGCUGCCGGCAAGUACGUUUCCCUGGACCCGUUUCCGCAGCACGCCGCCACGCGCGCCACGGUGAAGACCGACUGGGUUCUUGGCCCAUCCAUCUUCGGUGACGGGUCGACGUGGCCCAGUCCAUAUGGCCGUCCCCCGAGUGAGGAGAUUCGUGCCUAUGGCGAGAAGCUGUGGGCGGCUGCCCAGAGGUUGGUGGAUAGCGGUGAUCUGAAACAUCAUCCCGUGCGGAUCCUUGAAGGUGGGCUCGACCAGGUGUUGGAGGGUAUGGUGUUGGUGAGGAGUGGCCAGCUUUCGGGGGAGAAAUGUGUGGUUCGUCUAGUCAGCUAG